CCUCACUGAGCCUCACUGGCUUUAUGAGCUAAAGGCUCUUCCUAGGCAGUUCCAGGUGGUAAAGAAAGAAGGGUUUUGGAACCAUUAUUUUCUCAUCACAGCAGCAACCUAAAAUGUCUGGGAAGAUGAUCGUGAUCUUUGGAGUCUCAAGUAUACUUUGGAUGGUGCUUGCAGCUCAAGACUUUAAAGUCGAGAUCUCCCCUGAAUCCAGAAUCGUCACUCAGAUUGGUGACUCUGUCUCACUGACUUGCAGCACCAUGGGCUGUGACGCCCCCUCUUUCUCUUGGAGAACCCAGAUAGACAGUCCACUGAACGGGAAGGUGAGGAGUGAGGGAACCAAGUCUACGCUGACCAUGAGUCCUGUUAGUUUUGAGAAUGAACACUCUUACCUGUGCACAGCGACUUGCAAUUCUAGACCACUGGAAAAAGGAAUCCAAGUGGAGAUCUACUCUUUCCCUAAGGACCCAGAGAUACAUUUGAGUGGACUUCUGGAGGUCGGGAAGCCAGUCACAGUCACAUGUUUGGUCCCUGACAUUUAUCCAUUUGACAGGCUGGAGAUAGAUUUACUGAAGGGCAACCAUCUCAUGAAGACUCAGGACUUUCUAGAGGAUAUGGACAGGAAGUCCCUGGAAACCAAGAGUUUGGAAGUAACCUUUACUCCUAUCUCUGAGGAUACUGGAAAAUCCCUUGUUUGUCGAGCUAAAUUACACAUUGCUGAUAUUGAUUCUAUGCCCAAAGAAAGAGAGACUACAAAAACACUACAAGUCUACAUCUCACCCAAGAAUACAGUUAUCUCUGUGAAUCCCUCCACAAGACUGCAAGAAGGUGGCUCUGUGACCAUGACAUGUUCCAGUGAUGGUCUACCAGCUCCAGAGAUUUUAUGGAGAAAGAAGUUAGAAAAUGAGACUCUACAGCCCCUUUCCAGGAAUGCAACUCUCACCUUAACUGCCAUGAGAACAGAAGAUUCUGGAAUUUAUGUGUGUGAAGGAAUUAAUCUAGUUGGGAGAAACAGAAAAGAGGUGGAAUUAAUUGUAAAAAAAAAACCGUUUACAGUUGAGAUCUCCCCUGGACCCCAAAUUGCUGCUCAGAUUGGUGAUUCAGUCGUGUUGACAUGUGGUGUCACAGGCUGCGAGUCCCCAUCUUUCUCUUGGAGAACUCAGAUCGACAGCCCGCUGAGCAAGAAGGUGUGGAGUGAGGGGACCAAGUCCACACUGACCCUGAGCCCUGUCAGUCUGGAGAACGAACACUUGUAUGUGUGUACAGUGACCUGUGGGGAUAUGAAAGUGGAAAGAGGAAUCCAGGUGAACCUCUACUCUUUCCCUAGUGAUCCAGAAAUUGAGAUGAGUGAUCUACUAGUGAAUGGAACUCCUGUCACUGUAAGCUGCAAGGUUCCUAAUGUGUACCCUUUAGACCGUUUGGAGAUCGAAUUACUACAAGGGGAGAGUCUUAUGAAGAAGCAAGAGUUUUUGGAGGACAUGGAUAAGCAAUCCCUAGAGACCAAGAGUUUGGAAAUGACCUUUAUCCCUACCACCAAAGAUACUGGGAAAGUUCUUGUUUGUCAGGCUAAGUUACAUAUUGAUGGAAUGGAGUUUGAACCCAAACAAAGGUGGAGUACACAGACACUUUAUGUUAAUGUUGCCCCCAUGGAUACAACCGUCUUGGUCAACCCCUCUACCAUCCUGGAGGAAGGUAGUUCUGUGGACAUGACAUGCUUUAGUGGUGGCUUUCCAGCUCCAAAGAUCCUGUGGAGCAAGCAGCUAAAUGAUGGGGAUCUGCAGCCUCUUUCUGAGAAUGCAACUCUUACCUUAAUCUCUACAAAGAUGGAAGAUUCUGGUAUUUAUGUGUGUGAAGGGAUUAACCAGGCUGGAAUAAGCAGAAAAGAAGUGGAAUUGAUUAUUCAGGUUGCUCCAAAAGACGUGCAACUUACAGCUUUUCCUUCUGAAAGUGUUAAGGAAGGAGAUACUGUCAUCAUCUCCUGUACUUGUGGAAAUGUUCCAGAAGCAUGGAUAAUCCUGAAGAAAAAAGCGGAGAUGGGAGACAAGUUGCUAAAAUCUAUAGGAGGUGCAUAUACCAUACUCAAGGCCCAGUUAGAGGAUGCAGGAGUGUACGAAUGCGAAUCUAAAAAUGAGGUUGGCUCACAAUUGAGAAGUUUAACACUCGAUGUAAAAGGAAGAGAAAAUAAUGACUAUUUUUCUCCUGAAUUUCUCGUGCUUUGUUGUACAUCCUUCUUGAUAAUACCUGCCAUUGGAAUGAUCAUUUACUUUGCGAGAAAAGCCAACAUGAAAGGGUCAUACAGUCUUGUCGAAGCACAGAAAUCAAAAGUGUAGCUAACAUUUGAAAUGUUCAACCAGAAACAUUAUUUAUCAGUCCAAAUCCUUUAUAUUGCUCAUCAUUCCUCAAGAAAAACAACCAGCUGAGAGUUCAGACUUCCCUCAACACAGAGGACACAUGGAAAGAAAUGGCUACUGAGCCCCUUGCUAUGAACAAGAAGCCAAAGGAAAACUUUCUGUCUGAAAAAUAGACACUGGCCCAUUGAGAUUUGAUGACUGGAGCAGUUCCUUGAGGUGUAUAUACAUACAUAAUCUGUACAUAUGUAAAAUAAAAUUAUUCCAUGGAAAAGUUGCUUGGAAUAGCCACACUCUAUAUUGAGAUUCCUAAAAUAGAGUGUUGCUUGAACUGACUGUUAUAACUUAAUGCAUCCUAGGAAAAUUUUACAUUAAUAUUGACUGGCAGCUGACCUAUGUAAUCUUUUUUUAAAAUUUUAUUUCCUUUAACAAGGUUUUAUUCCUAUAAAGUUCUUUGAUGACAAUUUCACAUUUUAUAAAAAUGCUAGGGUUUUAUAUUUUUAUAGCAAAUAAUAACAAAGAAGGCACUGGUUUGACUUUCAGGUACUAAACAACUCAACCUGUGGUAUAAUGGUUGACUGGAUUGCUCUGUAUGGUACUGACGUGGUACGGAGACGUUUUUGGAUGUUGCUUGUUGAUCAAACUCUUGUGUAACUUUCCCAAUGUGGUCUAGAAAUGCAACUUCUUUUGUAAAUGCUUAGGUUUUUUGUGUAGUAAAGUGAUAAUAUCUGGAACUGGAA